AUGUCCAAACUGAAUAAACCACUUGCAAGAAACCUCAUGAUGUCUUGGCUCUUCUUGUGGAGUAUACUGCUGCUUGUUACCGCUUCUGUAGUGGCCGCAAGCGCGGACCAGCAAGGAGAUGUCUUGUCUCCCACCAACAUGGUGCAUGCUGCUUCCGCUACGAAUGAUCCAAACACCAAAACCAACACGGACAAUAACCAGAAGAAACACUUGAAUCCUUACUUUGAGGGAGGUGGUUGCCUUCGUACCCUUCUUGGCGAUAGCGACGGAUAUACCAACAAGCUCAGGGUCUGCAAUUCCAAUGAUCCUCCCGAAGCGGCAACCUUGGGGUAUUGUCAAAACUCACCCCUCCUCGACUACACGGAAGUGCGCAUGGCAGGACAAAAUUGGGAAUCCAACAUCAUCUCGGCUUGGCUCUUGCAGAUUAUUCUCUCGGAACUCUUGGAAGUGCCCACCACAAUUGAAGUGGGCGUUGCGGGGGAUCACGGUGGCCCGGGUGGGAGUCAAUUGGAUUUCCACAAUCCCGAUGCCGACUAUGCCUACGGAGGUGGGGACUUUCGCUACGGUGAACUCGUCACGGCGGCACGGGUCAAGGAUUGCGGAACACUCGACCGACAGGCAUCAUCAGACGAUUAUCAGGCAUGUUUCCACUUGGCCCCGGAGGUCUGGUACGAAGAUCGCUUUGGGGAUACCAGCGUGCAACUGGAGGGGGCCGAACCACCUCUCGAGUUGGGGGCGCUGGGGUAUCAGAGCUUCUACGUUAUCAAGUACACGGCCCAAAAUGAUACCUCCUUGAACUCGUACUUGGGAAUGGGAGGAGAGCAGAAUCGUCGCAAAAUGGCCGAAACCUUCCCGCGACCCACGACAUGGAGCGAGUACUGUGAUCAAGUCAGCCCUACCAACUGCCAGACACCCGAUGAGACGGCCACUCGACCUCCGGCAACAGAAGAAGAAAAGGGCUAUUACUUUUUGCAAGACGGCUAUCACGGUCACUUUCGAUACACCGAACAGAACGAUUGCGACAGGUACCCUCUCUAUUGCACUGGGUUCUUUGCAGAUUUGCCUUGUGGAUGGGGGUCAUACGCCAGUCAGCAAUUGUACCAUAACAAGAUUGCGUUGGCAUCGGAAAACCCGCAUGAUCCAGCGGGUGGAUUCAACCCCACCUACAUGCGACAACUCUAUGCCGCGGCCAACUAUACACAAAACAACUUGAUGGUGUAUUGGCCUGAUUUGACCAUUCUCUAUCAUGCCUUCAUGGGAAGUCCGGCCGAGUUUACUCGCGUCGUCCUGCCCGAACCGACGCAAGAGUGUCUCGAAGCGAGGGUUGAUCCGGGUAAACGUUGUGGAAGGAAUGAUGGGACUUCCACAUUCGAGGAGCUCGUGGGUGAGCCAAAAGGAGCUUGCAAUGCCAUGACGACUUCCUUGAAAAAAGUCAUUGGGACGGCUCUGUACGAUAUUUCCUUCGAUCCUGACACACCGGAAGCGCUUUGGAGUCCUGCCUACGAUGUCAUUCACAACUUUCAAAUUACAGGCCCCAAGCUGGGUCAAGUGCUGAAAUCAAUGUCACGCCGCUUACCCUUCAAGGACGAUGAGACGUAUGGGCUCGUUCUCCGAGAGGCUACGUGUGAAUGGGCAGCUGAAAAUGUCGACUUUCUGCGUAGCUUUCUGCCACCAUCGCAUCCACGUGUUGUGCAAGACGAAGACGUAUCGGGGCAUGCUCUCUUCACAUCCGCAUUGGUUCUGGGUUCGUUGGCAGUGGUUCUAGUAUUGGUGUCCAUUGUGGUGACCAUUGUCAAAAAGAACACCAAGGUCUUGUAUUACACUCAACCCGAGUACAUGACACUCUUCCUCGUUGGGUUGGGUUUUGUCGGUGUGGGAGCGAUUGCCAUGGCGGCGCCGCCCUCUGAUGCAACCUGUGUCAGCAUUGCCUGGUUUAUCAAUAUCGGUUACGCCAUUCACUUGGUGCCACUGUUGGUCCGAAUCAAUGCCAUCAACAACCUUGCAACAUCGGGCAAGCAGAUGCAACGAGUCCGUCUUAGGCUUGGAAACCUCUAUGCUGUCACCUUGGCAUCAGUGGUGAUUGUGGGAGUUUAUCUGGUUGUCUGGAUGCUUAUGGACCCUCCACUGGAAGCUUUUCAGUAUCAGUUGACUGGGGAUGUGACAGAAGAUGGCGAGAGAAUCAUCACCGCAUAUGAUUACUGCGGUUCGGCUUCUGUUUCUUCCUUCACCAACGAAGCCUUUGGCGAUUUGUUCUACAUGCUGAGCUAUACAUGGAGAGCGUUGAUUAUACUGCCCGCGGGCAUGAUUGGUAUCAUGUCGCUACGUGUGCGAGAGGAUCUGAACGAUACCAGAUCCAUGAGCAUGGUGCUCUUCGUCCACACAAUCGUUCUCGUUGCUGGCAUCAUCAUGUCAGCAACUGGCGACUUCAAAUCCGAUUUGAUGGGGUAUGCAAGCCUGGCUUUGAGUGCCGAUGUGCUUUUGUCCAUUGCGGUGUACAUACUGCCCAAGUUUAUUUACAGUGGAGAAGAGUUGGAAGCAGAGCCGCUUCCGGAUGUUUUUGUGAAGACAACCAUUGUACUUACCGACGUAGUCGGCUUCACGGCUUGGUGCUCUGUGCGUGAACCAGUCCAAGUGUUCAGAUUCUUGGAGGAGUUGUAUGAAUGCAUUGAUGUCAUUGCAGAGAAGCACUCAAUUUUCAAGGUGCAAACCAUCGGAGAGUGCUGGGUGGGAGCGAGUGGGAUUCCAGAAGCUCGAAGUGAUCACGCUGUGAGAGCAGCUAAGUUUGCAAUGGCUUGCAUGAAGAGAACCGAUCGUCUGACAAAGAAGCUUGAAAUCAAGUUUGGUCCAGACACAGGGGACCUGACUCUACGGAUUGGCAUGCACUCGGGGGCUGUGACAGGCGGUUUCAUGAAAGGAAAAGGAGCAAGAUUUGAGCUGUUUGGGGACACCAUGCAAACUGCGACUUUGAUCCAGCAAACGGGUGAAAGUGAUCGUAUUCACCUGAGCGAAGCAACCGCUUCGGAGCUGAUAAAUUUGGGAAGGAAAAGUUGGGUUGAGGAACGAGAAAGCAGGCUGCUGACGGCUCAGAAGGGUGAAAUUCAGACUUAUUGGAUUGCUCGUGGGAAGCGUGAUAAUGCUACAGAUUCCAGUUCCGUGGGGGGCUUCAGCGUCGAUUCGGACGAUGGCGACGACGAACUUUUGGAAUUUGCCUCCAUAUCGGAAAGCAAACAGCGUUGGAUUCAGUGGAAUGUGGGAACGUUCCAGGAAUUACUGAAGCAGAUUGUCGCCCGAAGAGAAGUGCAAGCCAGCACUCGCAGCAGCGAGUUUUUUCAACAUAGCAGCGAGGUGUCGGCAGAGAUGCCGCUGGAAGAGGUUGCCGAGAUCAUUGAAUUGCCCGACUUUGACAAGAAGGCCGCAAAAAGGCAGCGUGAGAAUGCCGGCAGUGUUGAACUUUCACCCGUGGUGGUAGAGCAACUCAGGGAUUAUAUUACGGGGGUUGCAGAGAUGUACAAUGACAACCCGUUCCAUAACUUUGCCCAUGCCUCUUAUGUUGUCAUGGCCGUCACAAAGUACAUGAACCGCAUUCGACAAGCUCACGAGAUUGAUGUGGGGGAUGAUGGAGAAAGAUUCCGAAGCAGCACGUUGGCUGCAAUUCACAAGCAUACAUACGGUGUGACUUCGGACCCAUUGACUCUGUUUGCAUGCCUGUUUUCAGCAUUGAUUCACGACGCCGACCAUCCUGGAGUCCCUAAUGCAACCCUGAUCAAGGAAAACGAAGUAGCCGCCAAGCGGUACAAGAAACGAUCUGUCGCCGAGCAGAAAUCGUUCGAACUUGCCUUUGGAUUGCUCAUGGAGAGCCGUUUCAACCUGCUCCGUUCUACAAUUUGCUGCAAUGACAAGGAACUUGGUCGGUUCAGACAGCUGGUCAUCAAUAGUGUCAUGGCCACAGACCUUGGCGAUAAAGAGCUCAAGGCUCUUCGCAAUGGUCGAUGGGAAAAGGCAUUCGUCAACGCAGAAUCAUCGAGUUCAGAAGAGUUCAAAGAUAUUACUUCAAUUCGGUCGACCACCACUUCUCUGAGAUCGUCGUCGAAAGAUAACGCUUCCAUGACCGCUUCAAGUACGGUAUCUUCCCUGAGGUUGAGAUCCAACUCCGACGAUGACAUGAUGGCGUUGGAAAGUGCUCUGAAGGACCGACGUGAUACGAUCAAUCGAAAGGCUACCAUUGUGAUUGAGCACUUGAUUCAGGCAGCGGAUGUGGCGCACAUGUCUCAGCAUUGGGCGAUCUACAGGAAAUGGAAUGAACGCUUAUUCAGAGAAUGCUACAAGGCCUAUAGGGAGGGACGUUCAGAAAUGAAUCCUGGAGACAACUGGUACAAGGGGGAGAUCGGCUUCUUUGAUUUCUACAUCAUCCCUCUAUCGAAAAAGCUUCGGGAUUGUGGUGUCUUUGGACCCACCAGUGAUGAAAAUUUGAACUAUGCCACCAACAAUCGCAACCAGUGGGAAAGAGAAGGAGAGAGUAUUACUCAAAGUAUGCUGAAAGCAGUGGAAGAAGAGUACGCACGAACGGAUCAGGCCCAGCAUUUGGAGACCAAGCCUGGCGGCGACUUUGCAUGA